AUGUCGGGGGACGACGAAUCUAGUGGCUGGCAACUAACCGAAUCAGACCCAGGUGUCUUUACGGAGCUGCUAAAGUCCUUGGGUGUCCCUCUCAUUGUAGAUGAUCUGUAUUCCCUUGAUUCCGACUCAUUGUCCGCCCUGCAACCACUACAUGCUCUGAUUUUCCUGUUCAAAUGGAUCCCCACCUCCUCAGACCGUUCUGAUGGCAACUACGACCCAGAAUUUCCAGGAUUUUUCGCGCAUCAAGUCGUGAACAACGCAUGCGCUACCUUGGCUGUACUAAAUGCACUUGGCAACAUCCCUUCCUUGCCUAUGGGACCUCAACUUUCAGAACUCAUGUCAUUUACGACUGGAAUGGAUCCUCAGACGCGUGGUUUAGUAGUCACGAGUGCAGACUGGCUUCGCCAAGCCCAUAACACACUUUCUCCACCAAGUGCGGUCUCACUGGAUGGACUUGGACUUCCGAGAAAGAGCGAGGACGCAUAUCAUUUUGUGGUGUACUUGCCCGUGAUGGGAGCACUGUACGAGCUGGACGGCUUGAAACCGCAUGCAGUGAGGCACGCUCCUUUUAGUCAGGAGGGUGAGGGCUGGCUCAAAACAGCUCGCGAAGUUAUCGGAGCACGCAUAAAUACCUACCCAGCCGGUGCACUCGAGUUUAGUCUUCUUGCUCUGCGAGAGGACCCUUUGCCUACACUUCAAUCCCAACUACAACAAUAUCAGACUGCUGGUCAUUCAGAAGCUGCAUCCGAAAUUAUGGCAAGAAUAUCCAAUGAAAACUCAAAACGAGAACGCUGGGCAUUUGAGAACAGCCUUCGCCGUCACAACCAUAUGGGCCUCGUGCAUGCAUUAUUGGUUGCACUAGCUAAAAGCGGCAAAUUAGUGAAAGCAGAGGAGGAUGCAAAGAAAAUCAUGUCUGAGCGUAUCGAGAAGAGGAAAGCAGUGGGUGAUAUGGACGAAGAUUAG